UCAAUCAAAGUAGUAGUUAGGGUGAGGCCUUUACUCGAGCGAGAAAUAGAAAAAUCUCCAGAAUGUCUUGUGGACAUCGAUACUGACAAGUCAAUAGUCCUCAGGCCAGGGGGUGAUCUGCUCAAGGCGAGAAAGUAUAGAGAAGCUCAGAGGUUCAUGUUCAGUAAGUGCCUGUGGUCUUAUGAUAGAAGAGCGAAUGUUCCAUAUGCAGAUCAAAACACUGUGUUCACUGAAGUGGGUUUAGAAAUGCUUGAAAACACACUGAAUGGCUACAAUAGCUGCGUUAUAGCAUAUGGUCAAACAGGAUCGGGAAAAACAUAUACAAUGAUGGGAUCGGAUGAGGAAGACGGGUUAAUCCCCAUGGUUUGCAGACAGCUUUUUAAGAGAUUGAAUCAGCAAGUCGAUUCUAAAAUCCAAGUAAAGGUGUCUUUCAUCGAAAUCUAUCAAGAGAAUGUGUUUGACCUACUUGGACGUGGCAACAAAUUACGAGUGCGGGAAAAUAGUGAGAGAGUUGCUUUUAUCGAGAAUUUAAAUGAGUACAAUGUGAGUGACUCUCAGGAAACUAUGAGGCUUUUGAACAAAGGUCUCGAGAAUAGAACGACAGCAGAAACUCACUUGAACAAACAGUCAUCCAGAUCUCACUCCAUUCUUACAGUAACAGUGUCCCAAGAAAAGUUUGAUCCCGCUACCGGCUCCCUGGUUAAACUCAAGUCCAAUCUCAAACUAGUUGACCUUGCUGGAUCAGAAAAAUUUGUCGCCAGUGACGGCUUAGACAAGAUCAGACAACAGGAAGGAAGCAGAAUCAACAAAUCACUGGUUACUUUGGGUAGGGUUUUAACAAUACUCUCAGAAAAGCCAAAUCAGAAAACAGUUGUCCCUUACAGAGAUUCCAUACUGACAUGGCUGUUGAAGGAUAAUAUUGGUGGAAAUUCAAAAACAAGUAUGAUAGCAUGCGUGUCGCCUAUUGACUAUGAUGAAACCCUUAGCACGUUGAGGUUUGCGACGACAACGUCCAAGAUCGAGAAUCAAGUGCUCAUAAAUAAAGAG